CAUUUAUAUACACAAUACGACCGAGGCGUUAUCAGAAAAAAAAACAUAUGAUUUAACUUAUAAAUCAUUACUCAUACAUUAAUGCUCGAGAUGCAUUAGAUUUGACAAAUUAAGCUUUGUAGAAACUAAACAAGGUACAGAUCGGUGUAUUUCAGGAAAUGUAUAAGUUAUAAAUAAAACCGCCGACAGAUGGAGCUCGUGUGCAAUUCACUCCGCUUAUCUCCAGUGUAGAGCUCAUUCUUCUUUUAACAUUUAAAUGGAAGCUUUGGCUGAGCUAAGUAUCAGUUCUGCUCAAGAGUUCAUCGGGAGAGUUUCAUUUUAUUCCACCGAAAUGGCAAAAAUUCUUCUGAUUUUAGUUUGCUUCUUUUUCGCCUCUACAGAGGCUUUAAGUUUACCAAGCCACAAUUGCUCGGACUAUUUCACAUACGGCAUAGAUGCCAACGGGAGUUUCAUUGGCAUUUUUACUGCCGAUGAAGCAGGCGUUCAAAAAUUGAACUUUUCUACUAGGUUUAUAUUCCAUGGCGCUAAAAAACAAGUCAGUACUAUUAAGCCUUACCCAACCACCACGGAUGCUAUUCGUAACAUUGAAAAUGGAUAUCGUGGUCAGGCGUUUGUUCAAUUCACUAAUAGUACCAGUGAGCUGCCUACACUAUUUGCGUUUGUCUUGAAUGGGAAGGUUUUGUGUAGAUCUUCGAUUGACACUUUUCGUAAGCCUUUUUACGCAGUGAGAACCGAAAUAACACUAAAAACUUCCCAGCCUAUACGAAAACUUAAAGACACUCGGCCAAUAAUGCACCCAAUCUUUCCCCAAAUUGAGCCCAAAAUAAUCGUAUAAUGCAGAAAUAAUAUAUAUAACACGAUUAACAAAUACAAAUCAAUAUAUAUGAUUCAUGGAAUUACCUUUUUGCUCUUCUUAAACAUAUGUGUUAAAUGGAAAAUACACAGAAGAUAAAAGCAAUUGGUUUCUACCAGAGCGAGUAACACUCGAAAAAUAAGUAUUAAUCAGAUGUCAAUAUACUAUUUAGUAUGCAAUUAAUUAGGUUGGGCUUGCAACCAUUGCUUUUUUCAAAAUUAUAAUAAAAACGAAAUUCCGUUUUUGGACUCAAAUAAGCAUGAUAAGUACUUACCUUUCGUCCCAAAGCUGAGGGCAGUCAGCCAAGAGAAGCGGGCCGAAAUCCGUUGGCCAAAAAAGAAAUGUAGACGAACCGCAAAGGAGUGGAGCCAUCGAAGAAACACCGAGAAGGCCACUAGGAAACCACCUACUUUGUAUCAACAGAUAAAAGUAAAGUUUUUCAACAUCAUUUACUCAGGGCCAGAAUCGUAGCACUCCUGCAGACUGACUUAGUUUCAGGCUCGGCAGGUGAAUCCGAAACGAAAUACAUAAAAGUGUCUUCUGAA